AUGUCGUGUUCCAUAGACUACAACGUGUGCAAAACUAACUUAUCAUCUGAAUCAUCAUCAUUGGAUGAUGAAGAAGAAAUUAAACCCAAAAAAGUAUUCAUAUUGUUGAAACAUCCACCUGAAUGUUUGUCAAUAGCUCCUGCAGAGAAUCUGAUAUCACCAGCUUCUGCUAAGAAGAUUCUGGUGCAGGUCCCGGUUGAACCUCAUGUCGCUACUUGUACGAAUAUUAAUUCAGAGGUUGUUUCGGUUGGUUUUUUGGUUGGAUAUGCUCAGAUGUUGGGGGUGGAAGUCUUGGAGGAUUCUUUGUCACAUCCCCCAGGUUUUCCUGACAUAUUUUAUGAUGAUGUUGUCUUGUUGUCUUCUUGGGAUCCAGAUAAUGCUAAACGCCUUAUACGUAUUUUGAGGUGCUUUUAUCUAGCUUCGAGCCUUAAAAUCAACUUGCAAAAAAACAAGUUGAUUGGAGUGGGGGUUUCUUAUAAUCUGGUGGAGUUUGUCGCUAGUAGAUUGGGUUGUGCUUCAGAAUAUCUUCCUUUUGUUCAUUUAGGUGUGCAUGUAGGCCAAAAUAUGGCUCGGGCGUCGGCUUGGUCUAUUAUUGAGGAUCGUUUUCGCUCUAGAUUGUCGGGUUGGAAAGCGAAAAGUCUUUCUUUUGGAGGUCAUCUUACUUUGAUCAAGUCGGUUCUAGGAAGUUUGGGUAGCUAUUUGAUGUUUGUCUUUAUGGUCCCGAUUUCUAUCCUUAAUUCUUUGGAGGCUCUUCGGUCAAGAAUUUUUUGGGGUGCAAAUUUGGAGGACACACGUAUGCAUUUGGUUCGUUGGGAUAGAGUUUUAGCCGAUAAAAAAGAGGGUGGUCUUGGAAUUGGUAGACUCUUUUCUUUUUAUCGGUGCCUUCUCUUUUGUUGGCAGUGGACAUUCUUUCAUAACCCUGAUUUGAUAUUGGUUAGGGUGGUGAAAGCUUUGCAUGGUGCUGAUGGGGGUUGUUCUUCUCUGUCGUUGAGAAGAGGGUGGACAGGUCCUUGGAGUGGCAUUAUUAGGAUGUUAGUGCAGCUUAGAGACCAGGGUAUUGAUUUGCAUUCUUUUUUUCCGAUUAGUGUUGGCGAUGGGAUUAAGACUUCUUUUUCGCAUAAUGUUUGGAAGGGUGAUCAGCCUCAGGCAGUGACUUUUCCAAGGAUUUUUGUGCUGGAUGUCAAUCGUUUUGUCUCGGUUCGGGAUAAGGUUUUGGUUGGUUGGAGUACUGAUUCUCUUAGGCAGAUUGCACUAGAAACCUAG